ACGUGAUCUCGCAGAAGCGCUCGCCGCCAGUCAGAAAGAUUGAACAGCGUUGGCUUCAUCCAUCCAGUCGAGUGUCGAGCGUCAGGGGAGUGAAGCGCGUGAGAGCUCAACACCAGAAUCAUGGCAACCGCAACAGCAGAAGUCGAAAACCGUCAGAGAUUGCUGCGAAACGUGAAGAAGGAGGUCAAGCAGAUCAUGGAGGAAGCAGUCACAAGGAAGUUUGUUCAUGAAGACAGCAGCCAUAUUGUCUCAUUCUGUGCUGCUGUUGAAGCCUGUGUGCUUCAUGGGUUGAAGCGGAGAGCUGCCGGUUUCCUACGAAGCAACAAAAUAGCUGCGCUCUUCACCAAAGUGGGCAAAAGCUUCCCUCCAGCUGAAGAGCUGUGCAGAAAAGCCCAGGAGCUGGAGAUGGUCUUUGAGAGCAAACGAAGUCAGUCCCUCUCAUACAGCGAGAGCACCCGUAAGAUGCCCAAGGUCCCAAACUUCUCGCCUCAGGCCGUCAGACACGUGUGGAUCCACACCGCACUCAUUGAGAAAGUGCUGGACAAGAUCGUGCUGUACCUGGUGGAAAACAGCAGUAAGUUUUAUGAGAAAGAGGCUAUCCUAAUGGACCCGGUGGAUGGCCCUAUCCUCGCCUCUUUGUUAGUGGGCCCCUGUGCAUUAGAGUACACAAAAAUGAAGACAGCAGAUCAUUUCUGGACGGAUCCUUCAGCUGAUGAGUUGGUGCAAAGGCAUCGUAUUCACAGUGGCCACUGUCGACAAGACUCGCCUACAAAGAGACCUGCCCUCUGCAUUCAGAAAAGGCACUCCAGUAGUAGUAUGGAUGAGAGGCCAUCUCCCUCCCCCUCUGCCAGAGACUACGUAGAGUCUCUUCAUCAGAAUUCCAGAGCGACCCUCCUGUUCGGCAAGAACAACGUACUGGUGCAGCCGAGGGAUGAUAUGGAAGCAAUCCCAGGAUACCUCUCUCUGCACCAGACGGCUUACUGCAUGACUCUGAAAUGGACGCCAAACCAGCUAAUGAACGGCUCCAUGGGGGAUCUCGACUAUGAGAAGAGUGUUUACUGGGACUACGCCAUGACAAUUCGCCUGGAGGAGAUUGUGUACUUGCACUGUCAUCAGCAGGUAGACUGUGGUGGAACAGUGGUUCUGGUUAGUCAGGAUGGGAUUCAAAGGCCUCCGAUUCGUUUUCCCCGUGGUGGUCACCUCCUUCAGUUCCUUUCCUGUCUGGAAAAUGGUCUCCUGCCUCACGGCCAGUUAGACCCACCACUUUGGUCCCAGAGAGGAAAGGGUAAAGUAUUUCCUAAGCUAAAAAAUAGAUGUCCACUGGGAUCCUCAGGCUCUGUCUCAGACAAAGAAGAGGAAGAAGCAACAGAUUAUGUCUUCCGCAUUAUUUUCCCAAACAGACAAUCAGAAUUUGUGACUGUUACCCACACCUCCCAUCUCUCCCUGGGUACUGUCUUCCUGGCCCGAUCUCUGUCCCUGAACUCGAGGGGGCUAUGGCCUCCUAAACGCCAGACUCUGGUGAUGCCAAUGUGCCACUGCAGCUGCCCGGGAGAGUCCCCAUGCUCCCCUGAGCCCGGCUUGGCUCCGGAAUUGAUCGAUCAGGGAGCAAACAUGUGGCACCCAACACCAAGGAAAUCAUCUUGCUCUUCCUGCUCACAGAGUAGUUUCUCUGAUGGAGCACCUCCCAAUGGAUGCAACCAUGAAAGGGCCCCUCUGAAGUUGCUAUGUGACAAUAUGAAGAACCAAAUCAUCUCCCGGGCUUUCUACGGAUGGUUGGCGUACUGCCGUCACCUGUCCACAGUACGCACUCACCUGUCUGGCCUUGUUAAUCACACUAUUGUGGAACCAGAUGUGCCUGGUGAUGCGUAUGGCGGCCUCACGACAGAAGUGUGGCAGAAGUUUCUUCAAGACUGCAGCGCCUAUGAAGAAAAGGAGUUAUUGCGGCUAGUUUAUUUUGGUGGAGUUGAGCCCUCUUUGCGCAAGGAGGUCUGGCCCUUCCUGCUGGGUCAUUACCAAUUUGGGAUGUCUGAGGCUGAGAGAAAAGAGGUGGAUGAGCAGAUGCGAGCGUGCUACGAACAGAACAUGAGCGAAUGGCUGGGGUGUGAGGCCAUCGUUAGGCAGAGAGAGAAAGAACAGCAUGCAGUGGCAUUAGCCAAGUGUUCGUCUGGGACGAGUAUGGACAGCACCACGCAGAGAAUAAUGCACCGUGACUCCACCAUCAGCAAUGAGUCCUCGCAGAGCUGUAGUUCAGGCAGGCAAAGAGAUUCCAGGCUGCAGAGUGACUCCAGCAGCAGCACUCAGGUGUUUGAAUCCAUUGAAGAGGUCGACCAGAUUGAGUCUGAGCUCAAGAGUGACGACGUCAAACAUCUUUCCAAAAUCUCAAAUGGAACACCACAAAUUGGCACCAGUUCUCCAGACUCUGGUCACCCCUCUUCCAGAAAUUUCUCUGUUACUUCUGGUCAGUCGGACUCCUUGAGUACAGAGGACAGUGGGAUACAUGAGCCAAACCUCAAGGCCCAACCACACCUAGUAGUAUCAAAGGAAAGAGUUGCGAAUUCAUCUGGAGAGGAAGGAAAGCUGACGGAGGAAGGUGAGACCAAAGAGGUGGAGAAACAGUGUGAAGAUAACAAAAUUGAGGUUAACAGAGUGUCUUUGGGUGCAGUGGUGACAAUAUCAGAGGGAAGCAAGAAGGCCACGGAGAGCUCUGAUGAAAGGGCAGAGGUUAAGACAGAGGGGUUAAAAACAGCUCGAGAUGCAUUUGAGACUCCUGAAGCAGCUCACAGCCACAUGACCAAAAUGGAAGUGGUUGAAUGUCCAGAGAAAACUUUGACAUCGGAAAAUGAAGCACUGACACUGCGAACUGAGCCAGAUAUUCCCAAAGCAACAGAGGUCAUGGAAUCGACUCCUCCAGAGCCAAAGAUGAACGAGAAUCAGGUAAGAGUGGACAUUGAAAGGUCCCAAGUGGGAAUUAAAGAUAUUAGAGUAAUUCGAAAGGAACCUUUGGUAACAAAAGAUCAUAAGGAAUCAGAUGCACUUGAGCAGAGGAUUGGCGCUGACAUGGUGGUGUCUGUUUCAAAGGACGAUGGUACAGAGAAAGAAACAGUGAAAACCAAUGAAACAAGCAAAGAUAAAGAUUCUGAGACAUGGAUGGAUGACACCAACAAUGUAAGUGCCACACAAAGAGUGUUAAGAUCAGAUAAUAAGAACGAAAAGAAGACUAUGAAGACCAAAGAUUUACCCAAUGAAGCUGAAACAACAGGAAAGAGGAAAGCAGCUUCAGAUCUCCCAAUAACCAUUGGCGCAGAGCAAACAGAAGGGAAGGUUGCCACAAAGAAGACCAUGCAUAAAGAAAUGCAGAGGAAUGCUCCAGUAGUUGAAGAGAUGGUGGUGCCGUUGGUGCAUGAAGCUUUUAGUACAAGAAAGAUGAGCGAGGCCCAAGAUGAAACGGAGUCAGACGAGUCUCCCUCUGCCAUUGAAAUGGAAGAAAUUCCUAUAGCUAAAGUGUCAUUGGUUUGGGAAAGGAAGAGUUCACCCAAAAGCAAGAUAAGUGAGCAGGCAUCUGUACCUGUAUUAGAGCUCAGGCUGGAAGAAGCUCAUGGAAAGCCCAGCUCUGAAGGAAAGGACUCUGAAGAGCCAGAGAUGGAGAGUCUCUGCCCACAGCUUGAUUCACUGGCUGUGAACACUGAGAAGAAUGAAGCUGCCUCUCCAGUGUCUUCUAUAGGGACCACUUAUUCUCAAGAGCUUUUGGACAUGUACACUUUAAAUCUGCAUCGCAUAGAUAAAGACGUUCAGCGCUGUGACCGAAAUUACUGGUUCUUCACACCUGCUAACUUGGAGAAACUGCGCAACAUCAUGUGCAGUUAUAUCUGGCAGCACCUUGAAAUCGGAUAUGUCCAGGGCAUGUGUGACCUGCUCGCUCCCUUGCUAGUUAUUCUAGAUGAUGAGGCCAUGGCUUUCAGUUGUUUCACCGAGCUAAUGAAAAGGAUGAAUCAAAAUUUUCCUCAUGGAGGUGCGAUGGACACCCACUUUGCCAACAUGAGAUCUCUGAUCCAGAUUCUAGACGCAGAGCUGUUUGAGCUAAUGCAUCAGAAUGGAGAUUACACCCACUUCUACUUCUGCUAUCGCUGGUUUCUUCUUGACUUCAAAAGAGAGUUGGUGUAUGAUGAUGUGUUUGCUGUUUGGGAGGCCAUCUGGGCUGCUAAGUGUGUUUCCUCCAGCCAUUUUGUGCUCUUCAUUGCUCUUGCAUUGGUGGAGAUCUACAGAGACAUCAUUCUAGAGAACAAUAUGGACUUCACAGACAUCAUCAAGUUUUUCAAUGAAAUGGCUGAGCACCACAAUAUCAAGCAGAUUCUGACUCUAGCUAGAGACCUGGUGUGCAAAGUGCAGACACUUAUAGAAAACAAGUAAUUCUGAAACCUCUCGUGGAAACCAUCUCAUGUUCACAAUGUAUCCCAUCAGCCCUUGCUACUAAACAACAGGGAACAUUCGGCCAAAGCUUAAUGAGCUUCAAGUUUAGCAUAACAUUUCUAAUGCCAAACAUCUUGAUCUACCUGAAAUCAGUCAGUGUGCAAUUUUUUAAUUGGAGUCAUCUGGCUCUUUAAUCAGGUUUUACUGAACAUCAUAAUACAUCAAAUUUCAUAAGUAGAUGCUGCUAAUGAGUGGUCAUUCACUGUAUGACAUAUGAAUUUUUUCUCAUGUCUACAAUGCAGACAGGAUUACCAGUCACUGGUGACUCGUGAGCUCUAUUCCACAACCUAGUGUGCUGCCUUGCUGUCUACUGCCUACAUAAACUGAAAUUGAAUCUCAUAAGUGACUUGAUUCCAAUAGAAUUUGGUGUUGUAUGAUGCUAAGCUAACUACACAUAGCGCACAAAAAUACUGGG